AUGCCGUUGAUUAAGAAAGCUUUAAAUCAUUCUACCGGUUCAAAAUUGCUACGAUUUAUUCAUUCAAGUAGCCCAGCUUUAUCAAGGAGCUCAAACAAGCGAAAGGGAAAGAUCUGUCAUGAUAUCAACAAGAUUCAAGCUGCACUAUCAAAGGCCCAUUCCCCAAAUGAAAAGAGAAAUAAGAAACUUCCCAAACUUCCCAAACUUCCAUUGAUUGGAAAUCCAAGGAUAUUAAAAACAGUUUUUACACACAAGCUAGCCACUUCAGAUCCUGAAUAUGAUGUUCCCGAAUGUUAUGAAAGGCUUGAAUUGAUUGGAGAUUCGAUACUAUCGUGUUUGGUGACUGAAAUCAUGCUUGAAAGAUUUCCAAGUAUGACAGAGGGAGUUAUUGUUAGACCAUAUAAGAAUAUCUUGCUCUGUAAUAGAACUUUGGCUGAAUUUUCAAUGUUGUAUGGACUUCCAAUCCAUAUUUUACCUAAGCAGUUGAAAGUUGGUAAUAAAAUGAAAAUUUAUGCUGAUGUAUUCGAGGCAUACAUCGGUGGGUUGCACCUGGGAUCUACAAAAAAACAACCUUCUUCUAACAGAAUUAAGGAAUGGCUGAAAUGUUUUUUGAACCCAAAAAUUGAUGAGAUUCAAAGUCAAGGAAAGAUUGAGUAUUUAGCUUCUGGUAGCGAGUUUAGCACUAAUGACAAGUCUAAAGCACCAACAUCAAACGUUCUACCACCAUGGCAUCUUUAUAAUGAAUAUUCCAGAUUUGCUAAAGACAAAUUAUACUCUAAGCUAAGUCCUUAUUUCAUACCAAGUUAUGAAAUUAUUGAGGUGAAUAAACAAUUUGGUGAUCACAGCCUGAUAUUCAAAGCUGCUUGUAUUAUCAAUGGUGAAGUCCUAAGCGUUGAAAGUUCAACCAGUUUAAAACAAGCCAAAAACAAUGCAGCACAAAGUGCCAUGUCAUACAACAAGAAGAAAUUGGAGUAUUAUGAAGAGUUAAACAAGAAGUGUUUAUCAGGAAAACGCCCUAUUGUUGAUGUUGUUCCCAUUAAAACUAGUAUUUCCGAUCAAUUGCGUAAUUUAGGAUAUUUACCAAUCAUUCAUCCUGUUGAAAAGGAUUGGGUGAAAUUAUUAUAG